CCUCUCACGGAGAAAACGUGUCCAGAGAAAACGGAGAGAGAUCUGAAACUGAAAUGCCAAAAUCAGAUGCAGAGAGAGGAGAGGAUGACGAGAGAGGAAGAGGAUUCUUCGCCUGCUAUCUUCUCUGCUCUUUGAGCCCUCGCCAUAAAGGUCACACAUAUAUUGGAUUCACCAUCAAUCCUCGCCGUAGGAUUAGGCAGCAUAAUGGUGAAAUAAGGUGUGGUGCAUGGAAGACGAAGCGGAAGCGGCCAUGGGAAAUGAUACUAUGCAUAUACGGCUUUCCCUCCAAUGUGGCAGCACUCCAGUUUGAAUGGGCAUGGCAGCACCCAAAGGAGUCCCUGGCUGUGAGAAAAGCAGCUGCAAGCUUCAAAUCACUCGGCGGGAUCGCCAACAAGAUCAAGCUCGCCUAUGCAAUGCUCGCACUUCCCGCCUGGCAGACCUUAAAUCUCACCGUCAAUUUCUUCUCGACAAAGUACAUGAAGCAUACAGCCGGCUGUCCACGCUUGCCGGAGCAGAUGGAGGUCCGGGUCUGCCCCAUGGACGAACUUCCUUGCUACAUGGAAGGUCGGAUUUUCGAUGACACUGAAGAUGAUGAAGAUGGUGAUGAAGAUGGACACAAUCAGAAAACAUCUUUGGAUGAUAUGUCAUUUGAUGAUCAUCAUCUAGUGGAGGAUCAACAUGUCAUGGACAACAGCACCUGCCCUGAUCUCUUAGCAUGGAUUGAAGAUGAUGGUUUGAGAUGGGCAACAGAUAAUGGAUCAUCUGGGGACGUCAAAGAAGGUAAUUCGGCAGGCCACUCGACUCAACCAUCAACCCCAAGAUCUGAUGAUAGUCCUCUAUCAUCAGAAAAAAUGUUCUGUAAUCUCUAUCCAUGGACUGAAAAAUAUGAAUUCAGACAGCAAACAGAAUAUCAAUCCUCCAGGGACAUCGAAGAAACAGCUCAAGAAACCUUUGAAUCGAUGGAAGAUGGCAGCACAAAGCGACCGUUGAUCAAAGAAGGCAAUUGGGGUCAUUCAACACAACCGUCGACCCCCAGAGCAGAUGACGAUAAUCGUCUGUCAUCGGUUAUUAGUCUUCUCUCACCUGAAGUAACCAAAUCAAGCAUUUGGACAGUCGACGAUGAUCACCCAUCGAUGAUCAGUCUCAUCUCUCCCUCAGUCUGCAAAAUCCGUUCUGGUAAUAAGCGAGCAUUAGAUCAUACAGACAUCAUUGAUCUCACAUACUCGCCGAAAUCAAUGUGUGAUAAUGUUUAUAUCAUUGGAUGAGUAGAAUGUUGGAAUAAGAAUCAGUUGCCUUGUGCUUUUUAUCAUUCCAUUGUAAGAUUGUUCUCUCUCAUUUGUUGGAGAAACGCUACUGCGAUCACUCAUCAUGUGCUCAUAAGGUAGAGAUUCCAAAGGCCCAGUCAUCACGUAGCUACCAGGUGCAAGACCUAUUCAUCAUGUGGCUACAAGAUGCACAUUAAAUAGAGGUUCAAAGGUCGAGAAGGCCCAGUCAUCAUGUGGCUACGCCGUUAAAAUCGAACAGAGAUUGGUCAUAACCGAUUUUUUUUUUUUUUGAACUAAUACACGUCUAACCCACCUACUGAAUGGACCAGUCUGAUUUUCCGUGUGCAUGUAGACAGUGGACCAUCCACUUUGAAAUUGCAUGCAUUGCCAUGGAAAUGAAA